ACUGGAGCUGAACCCUUUCGCAGAGUGUCCUGCAACAAACGAAUACUGCAGCUAAUUGUGAGAGCAAAAACUGUGAUAAACAAAGCGAGAGCAAGCUACACACACACACACACACACAAACAAAUACAUAGAAAUAAAAGGAGGACUGGAGGUGGCAGCUGGAGAGGCAGCAGCCACGCCCUGGCAGCGGGCACAAUUAAAAGCAGCGCAAUAAUAUACAAUUUUAAUAAAACUAAAACCCGAAGCAAAUUAAAAAGCGAGCGUCGCCAAAUGCGACACUAAAAGUAAUUAGCGACAGGCAGACAAGCACACAAAUAGACAAGGACAGGGACUGGGACUGGGACAGGGACAAGCAGAGGGUCGAGUUGGUAAUAAAAACAGAGCAAAACUGUUAUAAAUGAUGUUGCAAUCCUUGAAUCUGCACGCGGAUACACUGAGCGGCAUUCCACCAGCAACAGUGGCAGCAACAACAGCAGCAGCAGCAGCAGAGGCAGUGGCAGUGUCCGUGGCAGCAACAGAACAAACUAACGAGGCAGCAGCAACAGCAGCGGCAGCAACAACAAUGCUGACAACGGCACCUGUUGCACUUAUUGCUAAUGGCAACAACAACAACAGCAACAGCAACAGCAGCAGCCUUUAUAACAAUAACAAUUUAAAUAGCAAUAACAAUUGCAACGUACAGCAGCAGCAACAGCAGCAGCAGCAACAGUUGCAACUACAACAACAACAACUACAACAACAGCCAGUCAAGUAUUUAGAGAAUCUAACGAGCUCAGGAGGAGCAACUUCAGGUGCCAUUGCAGCGACAACAACUUUUACAGGUGCUGCAAAAAGUUUCCAUCCAUAUUUGCGGCCCAGUUGCAACACCAACAGCAACACAGCAGCUGCAGCAGCAGCAGCAGCAACAGCAAACCUCAUCCCAGCAACAACAACAACAAAUAUGUCGACUGCAUUGUUGGAAACACUUUUGCACAACCAAAUAAAUUCCAGCACAACAGCAGCGCUGACCGUUCCAGCAGCAGCAGCAGCAGCAGCAGCAGCAGUUCCUGCCACACCAACAGCUACACCAACAACAAUACCAACAGCAGCAGCAGCAGCUGCAGCCGCAACAACCGCAACAACAGCAGCAGCGACUGCAGCGGCGGCAACGUCAACGCAGCUGAAUUCCGGCAUUAAUUCCAGAACUUCAUUAGUCGAGCAGAGCCAGGCCGGGGGCAUCGGAAAUGCUGCCGUUAUAGUAGUCGCCGCCGCUGCCCCAGCCAUUGUUGCCCCAAGCGUACAAAAUCGCAUGUCGAGUCCCAUGGAGGAUGACUUAAAAUCCGAUCUGGAUGCCAUGGACACGAACAGCAGCGAAAUGCUGAAGGAUCAGCCCGAUGCUGAUAAUAUCAAAAUGUUUGUGGGCCAAAUACCCAAGACCUGGGACGAGCCACGGCUCCGUCAAAUGUUCGAGCAGUUUGGGCCCGUGCACACGUUGAAUGUGCUGCGGGACAAGGUCACAUCGAUAAGCAGAGGGUGCUGUUUUGUCACCUACUAUACCCGAAAGGCCGCCCUGCGCGCCCAGGAUGCGUUGCACAACAUCAAGACAUUGGAUGGGAUGCAUCAUCCCAUACAGAUGAAGCCGGCGGACAGUGAGAACAGAAAUGAGCGUAAACUUUUCGUUGGCAUGCUGAACAAAAAGUACACGGAGGCCGAUGUGAGGCAGCUAUUCACGGGCCACGGCACCAUUGAGGAGUGCACCGUGCUCCGGGAUCAGGCCGGACAGAGCAAGGGCUGUGCCUUCGUUACAUUCGCAACCAAACAGAACGCCAUUGGGGCGAUUAAGUCCCUUCACCAGAGUCAGACUAUGGAGGGUUGCUCCGCACCGCUUGUCGUCAAGUUCGCCGACACGCAGAAGGAGAAGGACCAGAAGAAAAUGCAGCAGCUGCACGCCUUCUGCGGCAUCAACGCGCUGACCGGCCAGACGGCCAGUGGAGCGUCUGCUGCUGCAACCACGCCCACCGCCAACACAGCCACCGCCCUAAUUGCGGCCCCGCCCUCGGCGGCCAGGCCCAAUCCCUCCAUGGCAGCAGCACUGGCCGCCGUGCCGCCUGUACAGCAGCAGGGCAACGGCACCCAGACGGCCAUGGUCUCGGUGCCGACUUCGGCCCAGUUGAAUGCCUCAAUGGCGCCCACACUGCUGACGGGCAAUCCGCACCAGGGAGCCGCAGCAGCUGCGGCGGCGGCAGCGGCCUACCUGGGCGGCGAUCCAGCGGCAGCGGCGCACCUACAGCUGUACCAGCAGCUGCACAGCUAUGGACUGAGUCCGGCUCAUUAUCUGCCAGGACUAAAUUUCCAUCCACCGGAUAACAGUGCCCACCACAGCCAGCACGGCCCACCCGGGGGCGGCGCAACAUCCGUCGGUGCAGCAGCAGCAGCAGCAGCAACUCUAUCGGCUGCAGCAGCAGCAGCAGCCGCAUCCACAGCACCUCUCUCACUUGGCAGCGGCGGCCCAUCAUCAUCCGCAUCAGCCCUCGGCGGCGGCGGUGGCAGCGGCAGCAGCAUCGGGAUCUCUGCCGCCGGGCAUGCUCCUAGCGCUGGACUGCUCGCCGCUCCAUCCCUGUCUAUGCAGAAUCUGGUAACACUGCUAGCCGCCGCACCCACCUCCCACCAGCAGCAGCACCACCACCACCACCAGCAUCCGCUCACCAUCGCCACCGCCCCCAACAACAACAACAACAACAACAUCAACAAUAACAACAGCAGCAGCAACCACAGCAUCCACAGCAUCCAAAACCACAUUUCGACCAGCAGCAGCAGCGGCGGCAGCAUCAUCCACCAACGCCAGCAGCAGCAGCAGCACUCCCUGGUCUAUGCCCAGGCCACGCACCAGCCCGGAGCAGCGUCCGCCGCCGGACAGCUGAUCCAGCAUCCGUACAGCAUGUCCCAGCUGAUGGGGGGGCAUGCGGCCACGCCCCCGCCGCAGUCGAGCGCCGGCCAAACGCUGUCGCUGAACGCGCUCUGGACCACAAGUGCCGCAGAUCCCUACACACCCAACCUGAGUGGACUGACAAAUGGAUCGGUGCCCGGUGCCGCCUAUGGCGCCUCGUCACAGUCCCUCAAUGCCAGUGCCCUACAAGCAGCCGCAGCAGGUGUGGCUGGCAAACAGAUCGAGGGUCCCGAUGGGAGCAAUCUAUUCAUUUAUCAUCUACCUCAGGAGUUCAUCGACACGGAUCUCGCCUCGACAUUUCUGCCGUUCGGAAAUGUGCUAUCGGCCAAGGUGUUCAUCGACAAGCAGACGAAUCUGUCCAAAUGCUUUGGCUUCGUUUCGUACGAUAAUCCACAUUCGGCCAAUGCGGCCAUACAGGCGAUGCAUGGUUUCCAGAUAGGGACCAAGCGCUUGAAGGUCCAACUGAAACGUUCCAAGGAUGCGGCCAAGCCGUACUAGACACACACACACAAACACACAUCUACACACAUUAUAUACACCCCAUGCAGACAGACACACAGACAGUGGAGGAUGGAAACUAUAUAGAGUUUAAACAAUUGUGCCUUCUAAGCAAAGUUCUGAAACCAAAGGACCAAUUACAAAAAUGUAUCUGAUAAGUGAACACACACACACACACAGCUAAAGCUAAAGCUAAAGAUAAAUAGAGAGAUA